CCUAUCCUAAUCCCGAUAAUGUUAUACGUGGCGGAACAUUUGUGUUAGUUGUGUAGUUUAUUGUGAUACUUGUGUGUUGAAGAGGAGUAAGUGAGGAUAAUCAGGGAAAGUUACAAACGACGAUUUUCAGAGAAUGUAUGUAAUUUGUAACAGAUUAGUAUAAUUAUUUUGUUUUAAUAUUACUAUUUUCAUUCUAUUCACCGUUCGUUAUUGUAUUGUACACUGUUGUAAAUUAAAAGUGUUCAUUUAUUUGUUUAUUAUAUAUUAAACAAAAUGAUAGUCGAUUAUUCUACUAAUUUAUUAAAAAAUAUCCACGAAAGUCUUCUUACCUCCGAUAAAAGGGAGAGUACAGUUAUACGAGGUAUUUAUGAAUACUGGCACUACGGUUGUGAUGGUUUUAAUGACAGGGGAUGGGGUUGUGGGUAUAGAACAUUGCAAACAAUUUGUUCAUGGAUUAUAAUUAAUAAGAAUUUAGGACAAGAAGUUCCAAGCAUAUCAAAAAUACAAGAAACGCUUGUUGCAUUGGAGGAUAAGGAGAAAUCAUUUAUCGGGUCGAGGGAUUGGAUAGGAUGCUUUGAAGUAUGUCUUGUUCUGGAUAGUUUAUAUAAUAUAAAUAGUAAAAUUGUUCACAUUGCAAGUGGUCGAGAACUACCUAAAUAUUUACACAUUAUUAGACAGCAUUUCGAAGAAUUUGGAAGUCCAAUUAUGAUGGGAGGAGAUCAAGAUUGUUCUAGUAAAUGUAUCGUUGGUAUACAUACUGGAUCGAAAAAAGCAUAUUUAUUAAUCAUUGAUCCACACUUUAUAGGUAAAGCUAAAAGCGCUGAAGAAUUAAAAAAUAAACAAUGGGUAAGAUGGCAAAAUAUUGAAGAGUUUGUAUACAGUUCUUUUUAUAAUCUUUGUUUACCACAGAUCAAAAUAAUUUGAUAUACCGAUUGAAUUUUAUUUUAUCUUUUUAUUUAACAUCUAAUUCUAAGAUUAAUAUCUAUAGGAUUAAUCAUAAUUAUAAUGUUUCGUUAAUCUAUUUUCUAGAUUAUAAAUCUUUUCAAUUCUG